ACCACAGGGCGCACAGCUGGUCAGCCGUCCCGGAGCCGGAGGGAUGGCAGAGGGCAAGGCGGGCGGUGCGGCAGGCCUUUUCGCCAAGCAGGUGCAGAAGAAGUUCAGCAGGGCCCAGGAGAAGGUACUGCAAAAAUUGGGGAAAACCGUAGAAACCAAAGAUGAACGAUUUGAACAAAGUGCUGGUAACUUCUACCAACAACAGUCAGAAGGCCACAAGCUGUACAAGGACUUGAAGAACUUCCUUAGUGCAGUCAAAGUAAUACACGAAAGUUCCAAGAGAAUGUCAGAGACACUGCAGGAGAUCUAUAGCAGCGAGUGGGAUGGGCACGAGGAGCUGAAGGCCAUCAUAGGGAAUAAUGAUCUCCUUUGGGAAGACUAUGAAGAGAAAUUGGCUGACCAGGCUUUGAGGACCAUGGAAAACUAUGUAGCUCAGUUCAGUGAGAUUAAGGAGAGAAUUGCCAAGCGGGGUCGGAAACUUGUGGACUAUGACAGUGCCCGACACCACCUGGAGGCAGUGCAGAACGCUAAGAAGAAAGAUGAGGCCAAGAUUGCCAAGGCAGAGGAAGAGUUCAACAAAGCCCAGCUUGUAUUUGAAGAUCUGAACCAGGAGCUGUUGGAGGAACUGCCUGUUCUCUAUAACAGUCGUAUUGGCUGUUACGUGACAGUCUUCCAAAAUAUUUCCAACUUGAAGGAUGUCUUCUACAGAGAGAUGAGCAAGCUCAACCAUAGUCUCUACGAGGUGAUGAGUAAACUGGAGAAGCAGCAUUCCAACAAAGUCUUUGUGGUGAAGGGAAUGCAAAGCAGCAGCAGGCGCUCUUUAGUCAUCUCUUCCCCAGUUCGAACAUCAACCAGCUCCAGCGCUGUCACCUCACCUACCAGUCCCUCUGCACUUUCCCUGACGAGUGAGAGUGAAGCAGCUGAGGAAGAGCUGACACCUGGUGCAGCCCAGGGAGAAGAGUCCUUAAAAGAUGAGGGAAUGGAAGAGGAUGAGUCUGAAGCAAGCACCUCUGAGGAGGAAGAGCCUCUGCCAGCCUGCAAUGGCCCAGCCCAGUCCCAGCCCUCUCCCACCACUGAGGGUAACCACUCCCAGGAGGAAGCUCUCCCUUGCUCCCCAGCUCCUUCACCAGAUGGAGCUCUGACCCCUUCAGAGCAGGCUUCCUCCCUCCCAGAAGUAACCCUCCGAACUCGUGCCUCCAGUGAAGGAUCCGAACAGCCAAAGAGAGCCUCUGUGCAGAGGACCUCAGUGCCCCCCAGUCGGCCUCCUCCUCCCAAAGCCCCUCCAAGCCCCAAGGCCCUCUUGGAGCCUGGGACCCCAAGUCCUGGGGCCUCCUUAGACGCAGGUUCUGAUCCAGAGCCACCAGAGAAGCCACUGAGGUCUCCUGAGGCCAGAGAAAAGGAAGACACCUCUGAACAGAACCCAGAAGAACUUUGCACUUCCUCCAACUUGCAUGCUUCUCAGGGUUUUGCAGAGCCUGGAGAUUCAAAGAAGAUGGAAGAGGAAGAGAGCAAUAAGCUUGUCUCAGCUGACUNUCUCGUUGUAGGGUCACAGUGAUCAGCUUCAUGUCUCUGUAGUUCCAGGACAAAACAGUGUCAUAACACCUGAGCCUCCAGAAGAGGUUUCCGCAGAUCAGAAUGUACAACUCUGAAGAGAAACUGGCAAGACCUCCUCUACACACAUCUCCCAGAGAAGCUUCCCAGCCAGAGGGGAUAGGUCCAAGGGGCACAGAAUCAGCAUCCCCAUGUGGCUUCUCAGGGGGUACGCAUGCUGGUAGUCCCUAAAGACCUGGCAUUAAUGGUAGCUGAGGAGCAGUCUUAUGGGAGGGAUGGAGGGAGGCAGGCUUGGAAAGGAUGAUUAGACUCAGGGAAUAUUUUAAUUCAUGUUUUAGCAUUAUCAGAAAAAUGAAACUUUGUAUAAUAAAAUGUAUCAUAAAGACUGUAAAAAGCCAAGGUACCUGUAGACACAAACACUUGUCUACAUAGACACAAAGCCACACAUACUCAGAAGAUUGUGAACAAACAGGCUUUGACUUACCACUCACUUUGCAAGGCUGAAAGGCCAAAGAACAAAUAUUCAGAUUGUUAAAUAAAGUAUGGUUUUGACUA